AGAGUGCCCGACCAGACGCGUGUUUCGGACAUCAUCCCACACCGCAAACAAUCUAUUUGCACAGGAAUAAGUCCCGCAGUGGCUCCAAAUGAAACGCCGAUGAUUUCCAAGUGGCGGGGCCCGGUACACAACUCAGACUGCACGUUGAGCGUCCACUGCCUCCAUCCCCGAGACGGCAAUUUGAAACCGGGACGAAGCCGCCCAUAGACGCGGAGGCACAACGGACCGGGCAUUAUCAAUACCUGGAGCAACAUCGCUAGCUGCUGGUUCCACCGAUUUGCGUCAUAUCCGAUGUCUAGAACCAAGGGUGACUGUCUACCCUCAAGUGCACUAUAUCGUGUCUUGGAAGAGGAAACACUCGGGUAGGGUAGCAUAAGUACUCUGAUGGCGGAUCACAUUGAUGCGACACGCAUAUGAAACUCUGGCCGUGUCGUAAACGCGUGCUGAUGGCCUCCUGUGGAUCCACGACGAAGGGUUCAUUUUCAUUAUUGGCCGGAAGGUCGGCCUCGGGGUAUCAGCCUUGGGUCAUUGCGCAUAUAAGGAGACCAUUUUCUUGGAGACGUCCCAAUCCUGAACCUUCCUUCCAGGACUCUUCGUGACAAUGCUCCGCUCGUUGAUCUUCGCCUUGUCUAUCGUUUUUGCUUUGGUCUCUUCUUGCUCUGCAGGCCUUGUUACUCCGCGGGUUGCCUCUCCCUUCGAUGGACAGUACAUUGUUGUGAACUCUCAAAACAACGCUACGGAAUGGUGGUGGGUUCAGGUCGGCGCUCCUGCAAAGGAUGGAGAGUCUCCUCCUAGCUUCCAUGCCACCUUCUACCAAGGAUAUCCCAUUUCGGUUUUACGUGAAGCGUCAGGAGGGAACAGCGCUCCCGAAAACUACAUCGUGAUAAACGGUGCUUUCCCCAAUGGCACCGUUUUCGCCUAUAAUCUCGUCGCGUCCGCGUCAUCCGUCACCUACUCCGGAAACGCUGUGCACGGCUCCUGGCCCGGUGCGGGCUCGUUUGACAACUCGGCCGACCUCUCCACGUUCACCGUCACACUCGACUCUCCCAGCGUUAAGGGUACGAUCACCAUCAAUAGCAAUGCCCCACACCACUACGGCUGCAACACGACCACGGACCCCGCGAACGAGGACGAGUUCUACACGAAGCUCGGCUGGGCGACCUCGCAACCAGGCGGCGCCGCGUCCGUCUCGGUCGUGCUCGACGGCACGCCGUUCGAGUUUGACGGCCAGGGCUACCACGACGCGAACUGGAUGACGCAGCCGAUCGACGCGUUCAUGGACAACUGGUACUUCGUGAAUGCGCAGGUCGGGCCGUACGACCUCUCCUCGGUCUGGUCGCACAUCACCGGCUCGACGCGCGAGUUCACCACGGGCUUCCUCCAGGCCGACGGCGUCAUCCUCCAGAACCAGUGCUCGGUCGAGGGCGCGAAGGCGGACGACUUCUCGAAGCUCACGCCGUGGGGCCUCAAGUACGACGAGCCUAGCGGUGUGAACGUGUUCGAGGGCUUUAUCCUCGAAUACACCCUCGCGAACGGGGACCUGUACCGGUUCAUCCUUACCGGCCAGAGCCUGGUGCUUGACCAGCCCAUCUACCAUCGCUGGGUCGGCUCUGCUGUCGGUGGCAUGGUUGGCGGAGAGCAGUAUGAGGGCACCACGAUGUACGACUGGCUCAAUCCCAGCCUCACUCCAUACAACGGAUGA